UGACGUUUGACGUUAGAAACACACGCACGCGCACACACACACACACACACACACACACACACACACACACACACACACACACACACACACACACAGACACACUGUGCUAACCGAGCAGAAUCUUCAUAACGGAUGAAUUUGAGGAAUGAUGUCACAUAUCUGUAGAUCAGAGAAAAGUGAUGGAAAGAGGGGUGAAGAGAACCGCAGUGAUGAGCGUGAACUCAGACUCGUGCUCAUUGGUCGGACAGGCUCAGGAAAGAGUGCUACAGGAAACACCAUCCUCGGACGACGCCAUUUCCGGUCUGAGCUGAGUGCAAGCUCGGUGACACAGGUGUGUGAGCAGGGAAGUGUGGAGCUACCUGAGGAUGAGGAGUAUAAACACACAAAGGUGCUGAUGGUGGACAUGCCAGGAUUUGGAGACACCCGAGCAGAUCCCAGUGAGGUUCACACAGAGAUCGCCAAAUGUGUGGCGCUGAGUGCGCCUGGUCCUCAUGUCUUCCUGCUGGUUAUUCAGCUGGGACGCUACACAGAAGAUGAGGACCGAGCUGCUCUGGAGAUGCUUCGACUUUUUGGAGAGUCUGCUCUACAGCGCCACAUGGUGGUCGUGUUUACCCACGGGGAUGAUCUGGAAGAAUGUGGUGGGGAUUUGGAGUUAUUUCUUGGUCGGGAUGUGCCAGAAGCUUUGAAAUCUUUACUGCAAACCUGUGGAAGAAGAUACCACGUCCUGAACAACAAAAACUUGAAUAAUAGGAAGCAGGUGAAGGAGCUGCUCAGAAAAGUGGAGAAGGUGGUGGAGGAGAAUGGAGGGCAGCACUACACCAGCGCAGUGUUCCAGGAGGCAGAGCUUGCUAUUCGUGAGGAACAAGAGAGGCUGAUGUUGAGCCAAGGUGCAGCAGAUACAAAGGGGGCUUUGGUGUUGUCCAAGAGGAGGAGGACAGACUGUGGGGAGAUAGCAGAGGAGAUGUGGGUAGAGGAGAGAUCAGUUGAAAAGUGGUGGUUGGUAAGGGAUGGGUGGCAGAAAUGGAAAGAGAGAAGAAGAGGAAGGAGUGGGUUAGAGUCUCUCCGCACUGAAGCAGCACUUUCUCCAAAGGUACUACAAAGGGUGAAGGUGUUAGUGGCAGCUGCAGCUACAGGAUUUGCAGUGGGGGCAAUUUGCGGCGCUGUUGCCCCUUUAGCUUUGGCAGCAGGAGCUACUGUGGUGAGCAGUAGUUCAGUGGGUAUCACCGCAGGUGUAGCUGGAAAUGCAGCUGUAGGGGCAGCAGUGGGAGGUGUGGUUGGUGGAGCCAACGGGGUGUUAGUUGGAGCAAAGGCAGCAGCACCUGGGGAGGCAGCAUUAGAAACUCUGGAGCAGGUGGGUCUGUUGGGGGUCACAGUGGUAGGUGGGGCUGCAAUGGUGGGUGGAGCAUUGGGGCUGGGUGCAGGACUUGUGGAAGCAGGGCUUGAGGGUGGUGCUGCGAUUGCUGGAGCUGAAACAGUUAGUAUAGCUAAUGCUGGAGCUGCAGCUGCACCACAGACACUAGGGGGUGCUGUAAUGGAGGCUGUAGCUUCAGGCAGAGGUCUGGGAGCUGCAGCGGGAAUGAGUGGGCGCAUUUUAACGGAGCUCGGAAAAGUCGCAUCUGGAGUUGUGCUGGCUGGAGGACUGGUGGUGAAAGUGGUGAAGGAGAAAAGUCGCUCGGCGAAUGGAUGCACAGACAGAAAGUCAUAUGAGAUACAUUGGAAUAAAUGAGUGGCAUCUUUCUAUGGUCUCAUCACAUGACCUCACCGGCUUUGGUAGAUGGGAGCUAGCUGGGACACAGCAUUAGCAUAUCGACUAACACAAGCUAGUAAAUAACAUUCACUGUCUGAACGUUGGCAGUCCUGCGUGAUCGAUACAUGAUGAUCCCUCAGAAGAAACAUUAUAUGAGCCUUGAGGCUUAACUGUGAGACCAAAUUCUCAAAUCUUCUGCAAUAUUAAAACAAAGUCCAUCAUCAUAGUUAUUCCAGCACAUAUUGGUUUUGUAAUUAUUUUGAAGAUUGUUUUAAUUGAAUAAUUAAUGUUUGUUAGAUCCAUGAAAUGGGUCUAUAUAAAUUAUAUCAAUUCAAAUGAAGGGAAAUGUUGCUUUGCUUAAAUGAAACGCUCACAGCCAUGUGCCUUACAAUAAAGCAGAAUAAUGAA